CUAUGCAUGCAAAAGAGCUGCGUUUGGUUGGCCCUUACCUGCUCCGGCCUGGCCCUCCUCGGGCUGCUGCAGGAGGCUGAGGAUCAGCGCAGCACCCAAUAACAGCCACCACUGCAGCAUCCAACGGAAGGCACAGAUGUUUAUCAGCCAGCGUCACCGGGCAGGCAGUGUGCAGUGUCCUCGUGUCUGUCUGUUUGGGUACGUACGUAUUUCUGGAAGAAGGACGGCUCCUUCUGCUCCUUGCCGUCCUCCUUGCCACCCCCUGACACACACAAAGCAGCAGCAGAGCAGUGAGUGGUUCAGACACGGCAGCCGCCGGCUGGACGUGCGGUGCGCUUCGCUGUCACCGAGCACCCUUAAGUAAUCACCUUCGGGUGGUCUUGGAGCCGUCAGUAUGUGUGGCCUGACCCAAUCACACGCACAGCCACGAUAUGGACGCAUGUGUCGCUCUUUUCAGGUGUGGUGUGCGUGCUUACGUGUCUGCCUCUGUGGGCGUUUCGACAGCGAUCUCAAGCUUCUCCAGCAAAUCAUACCCGAACUGACCCCACACCCCCACACACAGCCAUCUCAUCUCAUCUCACUGAAGCUUUGAGGGGCGUGUGUGUGUGCAUAUGUUCAAUCACCUCCCGUUUGCUCGAGAAGGACAUAGCUAUGGGCGACCCCUUGUCCGUCAGGUGGAGACUCAGCACACCCACACUCCCCUUCAGGUCCAGCCUGUCCUGUAAGCAGGAUGUCCGCACGCACACAGACACACACGACAUCGAGCUUCGGGCCUGUGGCAAGCUUGUGUGUCUUUAAUCUACCAUCUACCAGAGCAGUGGAUGCCAUGAUGCUCUCGUCCUUGGCGUCAUUUGGAGUGAGGCGAAAGCUCAGCCACAGGCGCCCAGCCUGAAGGACGGACGAACCGCACGAUUGAUGCCAACACACACAGCAAUGGAUACCCUAAGGGGAAGGGCAGCACGGUGUGUGUGCACUGCUUACGUGUUGAGUCUGCUGUAGGUGUUCGAGUGGGAGUGGCGGGUCAGCGACGGUGGCGCUUCCCUCGAGCACCACUCCUGUCACCGGGCUGCGCACCAGCUCCAAAUCAGCGUAGUGACGCCACGCACCUGCAGCCAACCACGCCAUACACACACAGACGCUACACGUACACUCCCUCCAGCUGACUGACUCGCUGUGCUGUACCUGAGCUGGAGUCGCCAGGCAAGAUGCACUCGAGUUUGUAGGUGUUGUAGGACGACGACACUGCCCUCGUUCUUUCGAUUCCAAGCAAGCAGCAGAGAGCGGCCGCAGCCAGGGGCAGGAAAGGAGUGCAGCGCCUCACUCGGGAUGGGCGGCUUUGGCUUGAUCUGUGAUGGGUGUGCAGGGGAAGGGACGAUGCUGCUGGUGUGUCCGUGAUCUGCGGCGACGUCCGACACUCAGGCGCCAUCGUGAUGAGUCUUCUCCACCUGCAUCGACGCAAGAGGGCAUUUUUUCAUUCAAUAUGGGAUCUGUGGCAGCAAUGCCUUAUCCGUCAUCUUACCAGGACGUUGCUGCACUUUCCUGGUUCUCUC